CUACCAGUACCGGAUCCUACCUGUACAUCCCAGCCCGUACAGUACAUGUAGGACCAGUUGCUUCCACAGCGGUAUCGUCGCUCGGAAGGCAGAAACAGAAACACCAUCCUUUAUUGCGACAACACUAGACUACUCGAGGAAAGACAGAGGGAUACGCUAGCGAGAAUUGAUUCAACUUUCCGCUGUAUUCAACGUCGAUUUGAUUCGGAGUUGGCCCUGCUUUACUAACUACUUUACUAACCACUACGAACAGUUCCGUACUCUUACUUGACGACACACAACCUGGAGAGUGCAAGGCUUUCAUCAUCCACGAACGGAGCGAAUAAUCGCUCGAUCGGUUUUGUUAUCUCCGGUGGAACGAGGGGGAAUACCGACAAAACCGGCCUUAGGAAUUAGGGUCGACUGAGUUCGGUUCAACUCGAUUCGAUUCGAUUUGAUUCGAUUGGACUUUGAACCAAACCAGAGGAGCGCAGCACAGCCUUUUGCAACCAUGAUGCAAGCGGCGCAGUUCGCGGCGGAAGCCGCCAUGCGGGAGGCCGAGGAAGAACGGAACGCGAAGGCCGGGGGAAGCAACGGCGUCGGCCACCACAAUAGAGCAGGAAAUAGCAAUCAUGCCGGUUUUCACGGGGAUAGCCACGACAUGUCCAUGUCGGCAAUGUCCCGCCUGAGCAUGAUGGACGGGAUGCAGAUAAACGAGUCGUGCAGCUCCCUUAUGACGGACGUAUCUGGGCAGAUGAGCCUGCUGCAGCAACAGCAGGACUAUCACCGCUACAACCGAGAUGAGCAGCAGCACCGCUAUGAACAAGAGCAACACCAAGAGCAACAUCAGCCAUACGGUGCCGGGUUAGACAACAACCAAAUAAUACUGCAAGAGAUGCAGCUGAUGGGUAUCGAUCCAAACGAUCCGGAAAGUGUGCAGCUCUUUCUGCAGCUACUGCAGCAACGAGAAGAACCUGAAUGGCAGCAGCCAAAGCGACCUGACGAGCACUAUAUGACAAUUGCACAAAAUGGUACGUGACAUCAGUAUCAGGAGAAAAGCUUGAUUUCUCUUCCAUGGUCCGGUUUUUGCGUGGGAUUUGCCACACCAGCAAUGCAAUGAGAACAAUAUCUCGGCAUGAAAAUUGAUUGACAACUUACGCUAUGUAACUAACGUCCAUUUCCAAAUUUGUAAUCUGAUCUACUAUUUCUCGUACCGCUUUUUUUUCAAUACCCCGUCUUUUUUUGUUUGCAAAGGAAUGAUACUCGAGGCGACAAAAACGAUAACUGGCUAUUCUCCCGACUCUCUUUUGAUGACAUCUGCUUACGACAAAAUUUAUGAGGACGACCUAAAGGGUUUGCUCGCCGUAAAGUCCCACUUUUGGGACAAGGGCCACCCGGACGUGGAAGCCUAUAUCCGGCGGCGCUCGAAGGAGGGGGAAUGGAUAUGGCUUGUCACGAAGGCGGUAUCGUAUGUGGAACAUCCCAUACCAGGAAUUAUCUUGGUAGAAAAGCGUGUAGCAUCUCCGGCAAGAGACGGCGAGAGCAACUACUGCAAAGAUAACGAUGAUUAUGAAACGUACGUGGCCGACAUGGAGGCAAUCUACAGGGCAAAAGCCAUCAAUUCGAUAACACGGAUAUCCGCCAUUCUUAUUGAGGCAAUAAACGAAGCACAGAAAGUGGUGCCGGCUCUGCAGGUGUCGUCGACAUCACAACAAAACCCCGGGGAUAGACAGCCAAAUGGAAACAAAAACCAGAAGAAUAUAGACAACAUCAAUAGCAGCAGCAACUACCGCUCGAACAGAAACGAGAACGAUCAGGAUUCGCUUUCCGGAUCAUCGGUGGACAGCGCCAACCCAAUACCUUGGGUCGCGGAUGAUGCGGCGGCAUACCAGACAAUGCUGUUGCAGCAGCAAAAGCACAGUGCAGAUGCCGAUAUAGCGAACGACCCCCUACAGCAGAUUAUGAAGGUGGCAAUGGCAGGUGGUCUGUCGAGCAAGAGCCGGAACCGUAUGGCAGCGAAACUAGAACAAGAGAUUAUGGAAAGAGUGAAUGGUGCCACAAAGAUGGAGAGCUUCGACCCGUUUUCGGUCUUGGAAGAUGUAAGGGAAGGCGUCCGGCUCGACCUUGGAAUGGUUCGUUUGGGCCGGGGCGAAAUCUACCUCAUGCAGAUGCUGCUAAUGGGCCGAAUGACUGUUGAUGAUUUAAUACUGAUCGUUUUCCGUGCACUGACUUCUGGUGUCGAAUUAGGAGCGAUGAUUGAGCUUUUCAUCAUGGAAAGGCAACAGAGCGAUGCACAGUACGGCAUCGCGAUGGUCAAUCUUCCGCCGCCUAUUUCCGUAGUCAAUCUUUCGUACACAUACAUGGGAAAUUCUUCCGUGGAUUUAUUCUGUGAGGUCAUCGGUAUGGACAACUCGCACCUUAGAACGAUCGAUGUUAGUUUCUGCGGCCUGGGAGACCGGGGAAUUCAGGCCCUUUCGCGCGCUCUGGCACGUAGGAAACGGAAAUCAAUCAUGCCAUUGCGUGGUAUAAUUCUAUCUGGAAACUAUAUAUCGGAGAAAAUAGCCUCCGAAUUGGGACGGGCCUUGUCUCCCGACGCAUAUGAAGGCACAAGUAGUAUUGACGCCUACUACAACAAAGAGUUUGGCUUGCAGGUUUUGCAUUUGGGUUUAGCGCUUCAAGAGCCCUUGGCUAUUAAAGGUUUGCUCCAGGGGUUGGGACCAUUAUGCCCCAUCAAGGAACUGAGUCUCACGUCGAAUAAAAUUGGCAUAGACGGUGUCGAGUGCAUCAUCAGCUUUUUGGAAGGGAAGGAUCUCGAAUGGAAUACAAAGUUUCCGGACAAAACACAUGGCCUGGUCAUGCCAUUCUUGGUUCGUCUGGACUUUUCUAACAAUAAGAUUGGAAACGAGGGCCUUAAGAAGCUCACGAAAAUUUUGCCUAAGCGUCAGAAUCUAGAAGAAUUGAGACUUUCAAACAACGGCAUCGCCCACAGUGGCAUUGAAGAAAUGAUGAACAAGUUGCUGCAUCGCAAUCUCGUUAGCUUGACGCUGGACAAGAAUGGCAUCGGAGAUCAAGGAUGCCAACUGAUUGCAGCUUCUUUGUUGAGCAUGAAAUGUCUUUCACGCCUGAAUCUUAGCUUCAACCAAAUUGGAAGCCGAGGUGUGAAUAGCCUAAUGCGCAGUCUUGUAGCCUGCGAUACCAUUACUUAUCUUGGUCUUUCUGGAAAUAUUAUGAAAAUUUCUGGGGCCGUUGCUCUUGCUUUUACACUUGCACAACACCCACGAAUAGAAGAACUCGAUGUUGAUAAUUGCUGCUUGAGUCAAGCCGCGCAAUGUCAUAUCAUAGCCGGAAUAAUAUCGAACAGAUGGGUUCCUUUAACGAGAAUGAAUGGCUUCGAAGCUGGGCCACCGAUGGUUGCAUUAGGUGCUUUGAAAGUUUCAGAUCAAUGUUUGAGCAAUGAAGAAUGUUUCAGGAUACGAAGAGAUGAACAAAUGAAAACAAUUUUGCAAUGGAUGGAAUCAAACCGUAGCAAAUCGGGGAGAAAAGACCCUAAUUCAGCAGGAAACUCAAGGAUGGAAAGCCAAUAUCUGCCUCCAAACUUUGUUCAAAGCAUGAAUGACGUUGAAGGCAUACCAUCUCAAAAUGCCUACCUUCGGUUACUAAGCUGGCUCAGUCGGAUUCCAUUCGACGAAGACGAGCUGAUCUCGCUCCGGAAGUACUUUUAUGACUCGGAUGGUUUGUCUGAAGAUCGUGGAAGCGAUGGCUACGUAAAUUUGAAGUUAAGAGGGGAUUUGCUUGCAGCACUAGAAAGUGAUGUAGCCGAUGAAAUUAGAGAUGAGACUCCUAUGCUGGUCCAAUACGAUGGCUCUGUUGGCUUUGAUAUAGAUCGAAUUGAUGACGAGUCAGAUAAAAUUAAAUCGGAGAAAAGCUCAGAUCCAGAGUGGGACUACAUGAUGGGGCAUAAAUUCGACAAAGCAGCAAGAUUGUUGGCUUCGGAUUCAAAGAUAGAUAAAGGAUUGGACGAUGUGAAGCAUCAUUUCCGAGGAGAUGACGAUGACAGUCAGUUCUCCACUGAUGACGAUCUUGCGCAUAAUAGAAAACGAAGAAUUUUUCCUUCGGCAGAAUUUCCGGAAUCAAAUUCACGAGGAAGUCCUCCCAGUCCCUGCUCUACCACUUCGACAGGAAAUUUGCACAGUUUGCAAAGUAUGGUGAAUAGCAGCUCUGAACGAAGCAACCUUAGUUCGGGCGAAAAGGAGAUUAAACGAGUUGCCUUGAAAGCAAGAAUAACAAUGUUUCCACAGUUUGAGGGUAAGUUGGAGGAACUCAAGUACACCGCUACAGAAAUGAUUGAAUCGGAAGAAGAUCCCGAGCAACAAGAGAUUAUUCUUACGCAAUAUGCCGAGGCUUCACUUACGAUUCUUCGGCAACUGAGAUAUCAUUGUAUGAACAAUGGACUCGACGGGUGGCGACAGGGCUCUACGAAGCGGAAGGUCCUGAUCGUUGAUGAUAGUCUUGUUACUCGAAAGCAUCUAUCUCGAGUCUUCGAAAAAGCUAAUUUCAUUGUAGAUUCAGCGGAAAAUGGUGCCGAAGGAGUAGAAAAGCUGAAGCAGGCCAUUUACGAUAUUGCUUUCAUGGACAUCGACAUGCCAGUCAUGAACGGCUUUGAGGCGACCAAGAGGCUCAGACAAUGGGAGGAUAAUAUGAGACCGGGAGUGCGACAGCCGAUUUGUGCUCUUACAGCUGCCCAUGUAGACGAUUUUGAACGAAGUGAGUUGAUGAAAUUCAAGGAAGCAGGUCUAGAUGUGUUCGAGAGCAAACCAUGUAACAUUCCAAGGCUGUUCAAAGUGGUCGAUGAUGUCUCGCCCAUGUUUAGUGAUUUAUCGAUUAGCGUCAUACAGCAAGAAAGGAAGCAAGCUUGAGGUCUUACGAAAGGUGUGGCCUUUUCAAUUCCGCAAGGAAAGAAUCAAAGACAGCAUGUAGCUAAGAAACUAGAAUCACCGGAAGAAAGACACCGUCAUAGAUGUUCGACAAAUAGAAUCAGCGUUGACGAUGAUACAAUUUAGGAUGGUUUCCGAUGGCCAUGGAAGGUUGCGACAGGUACUUGCUUUUGUUCUUUUUUUGGGCUGGAACGAGAAGAAUGAUGACAGGAUUAGUGAGAAUUCUCCUACUCUUGCCACAAAUCCCUUGCCAGAGAUGCGAAUAUAGAAUUGCUAUUGAUUAUAUUCUACCCAUUCGUAUUGGCUCUGGAAAAACACUGGUAUGCCGUUUUCCUGCUUUUUUGUACAAAACACAUUUAUCAAUCUAAUCAAAUUUGAGCAUUUCAACGAUGCCCCAUUCUCCAGACCAUCGAUAGAGAGGAAAAAGGUUCUCGGUGCCCAAUCUACGCCAGCAGUUCAACGAAAACAGUGAAUGACGGAGUUCAGUAAUCUUUUAAGAAAACUUUUAGAUCAAA